AUGGUUGGCGAAGUCCACAUCUGCAAUGAAAGCUUAACUCUCACCAACCCCACCAACAAGGCCACAACCACAACCGCACCGGCACCAUCCCUUCACCUUCCGAUCCUCCAUGCCCACUCCCUAUAUAUUCCCAUACACCCAAUCCUUCAAUUUCAGAUUCAUUUCAACCCACCAUUAAUCACACUCCAUUUCAUACUCCAACACCACAGAUUCCUCACAAUGGCCGCCACCGGAGAAACUCAGCCUGCAAAACACCAAGAAGUUGGCCACAAGAGUCUCCUUCAAAGCGAUGCACUUUACCAAUACAUUCUUGAAACCAGUGUUUACCCGAGAGAGCCAGAAUCCAUGAAAGAGCUACGUGAGGUCACUGCUAAACAUCCUUGGAAUCUUAUGACGACAUCUGCUGAUGAAGGACAGUUUUUGAACUUACUUCUUAAGCUCAUAAAUGCUAAGAACACGAUGGAGAUCGGUGUUUACACUGGUUAUUCCCUUCUUUCUACUGCGCUUGCUCUACCAGAAGAUGGAAAGAUAUUGGCCUUGGACAUAAACCGUGAAAAUUAUGAAAUCGGCCUUCCGAUCAUUGAGAAAGCAGGUGUUGCUCACAAGAUUGACUUUAGAGAAGGCCCUGCGCUUCCUCUUCUUGACCAAAUGGUAGGAGAUGUAAAAUUCCAUGGAUCAUUCGAUUUUAUUUUCGUGGAUGCGGAUAAAGACAACUAUCUUAAUUACCAUAAAAGGUUAAUUGAUCUAGUCAAAAUUGGAGGUGUGAUUGGUUAUGAUAACACCCUUUGGAAUGGGUCUUUGGUGGCACCUGCAGAUGCCCCACUUCGGAAGUAUGUUAGGUAUUACAGAGACUUCGUGUUAGAGCUCAACAAAGCCCUGGCUGCUGAUCCAAGAGUAGAGAUCUGUCAGCUUCCUGUGGGUGAUGGAAUCACUCUAUGUCGCCGAAUAAGCUAAUCACGUAUAACGGAUCAACCAAAAUAAACUUGUAAAUGAUUCACACGUUUGAUUGAUUAUUUCCUUUCUGUAAUGCGACAAUUUGCAUUCAUGUUUUAAAUUGCGUGAUCAUAAUGUUGUAUAUUUAUAUAUCAUUUAACCUUGUUGACAAAUAUGUCAUCAUACACAAUAGCAACUCUAUUUCGGUAAUUGUAUAUUGAAUUGGC